GUUUGGAAAUUAUCCAGUGAUUCAAUGGAACCGAGAGAGGGCGCUCAUGUUGAAAACAACAGUGGCGAAGCGGUAGUCUGGUACCCUCCGCUCGUUGCGUUCGUUGUUGCCAGUUAAGAGCACCUAUGCAACGGGUUGCCGACUGAUGCUUUUCCUAUCGUGAGCUCGCGCGGCGUGGUUGGAUGUCUUGUGGCAAACGACAACCGCAUCACAAAAUUCACUUUCCAGGCACGGCAACAUUUACUUCCUCCGUACGCAGUCGCCGAGCAUCUGACGAGCAGGUCGACUGGAAGCGUGCAGAGCAGGUUCCGAUCCUGAUGGAAGUGUAAUCGGUUGUAGGGAUUUUUUCAGUCUAGCGGUGGCGGAGCGACAGGCAGUCUGGCGUGCGGCCUACAAUGGGAAAAAAACAGAGCAAGAUGAAGGACAGGGGGUCGUCAAGAUCGCGCAUCUACGGCCACGGUUGUGGUGACUACACCGCAGUCAAUUCUAUGGAAAUAGCAGAUGUCAAACGUUACACCGCAGUCCACAGUGAUGCUGUGACCAGUGUGACUAUUGCUGGCGAUGUGUCAUACAUCACAGGCAGUGCUGAUCAAAGCAUGGUGCUGUACCGUUGGAAGGAGGGGCGAUUGAUGCAGAGAUGGGUGGGACACAAGAGAGAAAUCACCAAGGUGACCCAUGCCCCGGAGCUAGAAGCCACAUUCAGCGCGUCCAGGGACAAGACGAUACGCAUGUGGAAGCGGGGCACAACGGAUGGCGGCACCGUGGAACCGUAUAAUUGCAAGCAGACGUUCAUGGGGCACGAGCUGGUCGUCACAGGCAUCGCUUUUGGAAAUGGAAAGCUGUUCUCGGGUUCCCGUGACAACUCGGUGCGGCAGUGGGACGUGAGCACGGGCCAGUGCAUCAACCAGAGCAUCAUCCCCAGGAACCUGGUUACCCACAUCAAGUGGGUUCCGGGCGAGAGCAUGGUAGCGCAGACCAGCGAGGAUAAGUGCUUGAGAAUAUGGGACACCAGGACAUUAACCGAGGCCCACGUGUUUCCCAAGAAACAGUACAUCCAGACGUGCUGCGAUGUCAGCUCUGAUGGCAACUACUGUCUGACCUCCAGCAAUGGUGUGGGAGGCCGAGGGUGCGAAGCAACGUUAUGGGACCUGCGUGCCCACUCCCUGGUAGCCGAGUACCACGGUCACCAGCAGACCACUGGGGGCUGUUGCUUCAUCCCCAGCGUGUACUCCAAGGAGCUCAUCGCUACGUGUUCCAAUGAUGCUACGGUCAGAGUGUGGGACAGAAUUUCAUGUGCAUGCAUAACUGCAUUGAAUAUAGCCGGGUUUGGAUCCCUCACAUCUAUAGCAGCAAACGUAGACAAGAGUAUUUGUGUAGGCAGCACUACCCCUGGGGUGCAUAUAGGGAACCUACUAGAGGAACCGGAGGGCACGUUCCACUUCAUUUAUGCCGCUCAGUACUGAUUUGACUCACCGUGGGAACCAGUCAGGGUGCCGGGAUGCCGACUGUGUUUGAAGUACUGUUGAUGUUACCCUUGCUGUCUGUUGUUACAAGUCGGGAUGCCAGCUGAGAUGACUAGUCUGGUUGCCCAGUUCCUCAGCACUCUGAUUGAGCGUGUUAGAGUAGUUUCCUUAGGCUGACUGGAGUCAGACUCUAGUCCAAGUAACUGAGAAGUCAUUCUCAGUCGCCAAACUAGGGUAAAUUUCUAGAAGGGGGCCACUCUCGUUGUGCACAUAUUUUUUUUCAGGGUGCCAUAACUAUGGUUUGUACAUAGGCUGUGUACAUUAUAAACUUUGAAAUGGUGGGGGGGGACUCUGAUCUAAGAUCAGGGUUGACAGUGACAGUAGGAGGUGACCGUGUCUUAGACGUGCAUAGUUUAUUUGCAGGAAUAGGCAUUACAGUAGACAGCAUGAUGGAAAAAACAAAAUUCUCAACGUGACCCAAAGAAGUUUAUAUUCCGCUUGAUUUGACCAAAUUCAAAG